GAGCCUCUGGAGCCAGUCGGGGUUUCCUCCCCUGGAGCUUUUCCAACAAAGUCUGCUUGAGAGAUUUUUUUUUGACAGUCUGUUAAGUUUUAUUGUUUGAAUCGAAUAGAGGGGUACAGAGGGGGACGAGACAGUCAAUUCUUGGUCACUGCCUCCUUGGACGAAAUCUUGCUGGUCUCUUUCUUAACCAGUAGACGCGCUUCCGGACGCUUUUGUGUGCUUUCUGGGUCUCGGAUCAGCGAACCUCAGCCUGGUCAGCCAGGAGCUGUUUCUGAGUCUCCUCUGCCCACUUUCCAGUAGGGGCGACGUGGCGGCCCAUCUUUUUGGAUUCGCCAACUCUCCCGAGUAGAUGAUGCAGAACCUCCCUUCGCCAAACUGGACGAGCAGUUCUAAGCUCUCAAGCUUUUCUCAUACAGGCCUUUCCAUGCUUUUCCCUGAGAAGAUGAAGUUCCCAGGAAUUCCUUCCAUAUGGGUUACUAGCCUUGGGCUUCUCCUCAUUCUGGCCACUCUCCCAACUGGAACUGGGCAAGAACGGAAAGAACCAGGAGAGUUUGUGAAGCAGGACAUUGGCGGGCUGUCUCCGAAGCAUGGUCCAGAUAUUCCAGAUGAUAGCACUGAUAACAUCACCAUCUUCACCAGGAUCCUGGACCGGCUCUUGGAUGGCUAUGACAACCGGCUGAGACCUGGACUUGGAGACACCGUCACUGAAGUCAAGACGGACAUCUACGUGACCAGUUUUGGCCCUGUCUCCGACACGGACAUGGAGUACACCAUCGACGUGUUCUUCCGGCAGACCUGGCACGAUGAGCGGCUCAAGUUUGACGGGCCCAUGAAGAUCCUCCCCCUCAACAACCUGCUGGCCAGUAAGAUCUGGACCCCGGACACCUUCUUCCACAAUGGCAAGAAGUCGGUGGCCCACAACAUGACCACCCCCAACAAAUUGCUGAGGCUGGUGGAUAACGGGACGCUGCUCUACACCAUGAGGUUGACCAUUCAUGCUGAAUGUCCCAUGCACUUGGAAGACUUCCCUAUGGACGUGCACGCCUGCCCACUGAAGUUUGGAAGCUUUUCCAGAGUAGCUUUGGUGAUAGAUUAUGAGAACGGGCUUCCAGUGGCGUUCCUGUGCUAUGCAUUUAGCAGGUCCGUCAGUGAAGCAGGCAUGUUUGUUGUGAUGAGGGGAAAGUGUGGGAAACCCGGCUGUGUUGCAGGAAGCCGGCGAGGGUACUUCAGGAACCCAUCUGACUUCCAUACUGGCCGGAUUGGAAUAUCUCACUGGGCGCUGGUAGUGACCAACACCCCUGCUGCCCGGUACUCCUCAAUAGCAGAAGCUACUUCUUCCUGUCCCCCGGGAUUCGAUACUGCCGCAAUGCAGUCCUUGAUGAGGGUAUUAACCGAAUGGGGCAUAGGAGUUUGCCAGCGUUACUGA